AUGGACUCGGGCGACAGGUCAUACAAUCAAAAUGAGUACAUCGAUACGGCCAUUCGGGCGGUGAGCCAGAAGAGGGCAGUGCCUGAAAUCGAUUUCACUCUACACACAAUGGAGGAUGGCACGCAAGUCAACACGUUAGACAGAGUCUGCAAGGACGUGCAAGCACCUGCUUUCCACCCACCUACUCAAGAGCAAUUCUUCUCGCCGCAUGACCGAAACAAGCCAAACUUGACCUUCCUGAAGAACCAUUUCUGUCGCGAAGGACGCCUUACUCAGGAUCAGGCACUAUGGAUCAUCCGUGAGGGCACAAAGAUUCUGAGGUCGGAGCCAAAUCUCCUGGAGAUGGACGCGCCAAUCACCGUGUGCGGAGACGUCCACGGGCAGUACUUCGAUCUCAUGAAGCUCUUCGAGGUAGGCGGCGAUCCUGCGGAAACGCGGUAUCUCUUCCUAGGCGAUUAUGUCGAUCGAGGGUACUUCAGUAUUGAGUGUGUUCUAUACCUGUGGUCGCUCAAGAUUUGGUACCCGGAUACACUAUGGUUGCUCCGCGGCAACCACGAAUGCCGGCAUCUGACAGACUACUUCACCUUCAAGCUCGAGUGCAGGCACAAGUACUCCGAGGAGGUUUACGAAGCAUGCAUGGAGUCGUUUUGUGCUCUGCCGCUGGCGGCAGUCAUGAACAAGCAGUUCCUGUGCAUACACGGCGGGCUAAGUCCGGAACUACACACUCUGGAAGAUCUCAAGAGCAUUGACCGCUUCCGAGAACCGCCUACCCAUGGCCUGAUGUGCGACAUCCUCUGGGCAGAUCCACUGGAGGAGUUCGGUCAGGAGAAGACUUCGGAGUUCUUUGUGCACAACCAUGUCAGAGGUUGCUCAUACUUCUUCUCCUAUCACGCCGCAUGUGCAUUCCUCGAGAAGAACAAUCUACUCUCGGUGAUACGCGCGCACGAGGCACAGGACGCCGGGUACCGAAUGUACCGCAAGACGAAGACGACGGGCUUCCCGAGUGUCAUGACGAUAUUCAGCGCGCCCAACUACCUCGAUGUCUACAACAACAAGGCAGCGGUACUGAAGUACGAGAAUAACGUGAUGAACAUCAGACAGUUCAACUGCACGCCGCAUCCGUACUGGCUGCCGAACUUUAUGGAUGUCUUCACGUGGUCACUGCCGUUUGUUGGCGAGAAGAUCACCGACAUGCUUAUCGCCAUCCUAAACACCUGCUCAAAAGAGGAACUGGAGGAGGAGACUCCCUCCAUCGUAUCCGGUCCCUCAUCUCCGGCAACGUCACUGUCAAACAUGGACCCUGAAUCCACAGAAUACAAGCGCCGUGCCAUCAAGAACAAGAUUCUAGCAAUUGGCCGCUUGUCCCGCGUCUUCCAAGUUCUGCGCGAAGAGUCCGAGCGGGUCACCGAGCUCAAAACUGCUUCGGGCGGCCGUCUGCCGGCUGGCACGCUCAUGCUCGGUGCGGAGGGCAUCAAGCAGGCUAUCCACAGCUUCGAAGAUGCUAGAAAGGUCGACUUGCAGAACGAGCGGCUACCUCCAAGCCACGAGGAGGUGCGGAGAAGCCAUGAGCACAGCAGGGAGGCGGCGCUGGAGAAGGCUGCGAGGGAUGCCGAGAACGACCCGGAGCUGGGACGAGUUGCGAGGAGGAUUAGCAUGUAA